CCGACUGGUUGAUAACACGUGUCAACUAUGUAGGUCCAGUUCUAGAAGGAACGCAAUGGUUCUUCUCUGUCACCGCUGGUCGUUCCAGAAACAAGCGGAAAUUUGCCCGGGAGACGAUUAACCGAUCAAUAAAAGCAAAACAACCAAGAAAAAAACCUGCUUCGCUUCCUCCAUAGCAGAACCGAAGAGGAAUUCGGAAAGGAGGAACUAUGUCGUCGGCGGCGGCGUUUUGGAAGUACUUCGAGGACGACGACGAGGAUCGGCCGGAGAAGCCUCGACGCUACGGUGUCACUGAAAUGCGAGGCCCGCAGUAUAACUUUCUCAGCCAGAACCUUCUGCAAGACAUCUUCGAAUCCACGGGGCAAUUUGUCGAUGGACUGAAGUUCUCCGGAGGCUCUCACAGCUUAAUGCCCAAGUCUUUUAUCAAGGAAGUGAUCAAUGUGGCUCAUCGGCACGAUGUGUAUGUUAGUACAGGGGAUUGGGCUGAACAUCUGCUUCGUCAAGGUCCAUCUGCUUUCAAAGAUUAUGUAGAGGAAUGUAAGAACAUGGGGUUUGAUACGAUUGAGCUGAAUGUGGAGUCACUUGGAGUUCCUGAAGACACGCUCCUGCGAUAUGUGCGUCUGAUCAAGAGCGGUGGGCUGAAAGCUAAACCCCAAUUCGCCAUCAUGUUUAACAAGUCUGAUGUCCCAUCUGGUAGGAAUAGAGCAUUUGGAGCUUAUGUGCCACCAGCACCUCGUUCAUCUGAAAUGGUUGAGGAUGUCAAUCUUCUAAUUAGAAGGGCUGAGAGAUGCUUGCAAGCUGGAGCAGAUAUGAUAAUGAUUGACGCUGAUGAUCUCUCCAAGGAUGCUGAUUCUCUAAGGGCAGAUGUAAUUGCUAAGAUCAUUGGCCGUUUGGGCAUUGAGAAGACCAUGUUCGAAGCAUCGAAUCCCAUAACUUCAGAGUGGUUUGUCAAGCGUUAUGGUCCCAAGGUGAACCUUUUUGUAGAUCAUUCUCAAGUAACGGGACUCGAGUGCCUCCGUUCUCGCUUGAACAAACACCAAGGUUCUGCUUUUGGUUCCCCCUAUCUUCUUCUGUGAGAGAUCGACUGUACCCAUAUGUUUGCCAGUUUCUGAAAAGUCCAACUUGUCUGUGUUCUAUCGUACCAUUGUAUUAAAUAACAUGAUAAGUCUAGUUGUAUUCGUACUUUUCGAUGAUGUCCUGAGUUCAAACACAAGGUCUGUUGUUUGUAUAUCUUCCAAGUGUUUACCUUUACAUGUGAAGCUUGUUACCAGAAUAACCAGAUCUGAAGCUCUCUUUAAUCUCUUAACUUCUUUAGUGAAUAUCAGUAACUCUUUCUUGUAGUAGAGUAAUGUAUAAGAUUACUGCUUGAUACACAUGGUAGCUAAACUGGCUAACCAGUAGUGGGAUGUCCUAUUCAGCAAAUUAAAGCCGACUUAUUAGG